ACUUUUCAAGGAGGGGGCGCCUGUAUGGGAUUGGUCAAACCAGUCACAAGAUGUUGUGAGGGGAAAAAAAACGAAAAAACACUGAAAGCGUCCCUACCAUUCAGAACAGCCGCUGCAGCUCCGGGGGAAAUUUUUAACUCCACAACAAUGAGUGAAUCACUGGUAGUGUGUGAAGUGGAUGAAGAUCUGGUUAAAAAGCUGAGGGAGUUUCGUUUCCGGAAGGAGACCAACAAUGCAGCGAUCAUCAUGAAGAUUGAUAAAGACAAGCAGCUGGUUAUUCUGGAGGAAGAGCAUAAGGAUAUUUCUCCUGAUGAUCUAAAGGACGAACUGCCAGAGAGACAGCCAAGAUUUAUCGUCUACAGUUAUAAGUACGAACAUGAUGACGGCCGCGUGUCUUAUCCCCUCUGCUUCAUCUUCUCCAGCCCCGUGGGUUGCAGACCAGAGCAGCAGAUGAUGUACGCAGGAAGCAAAAACAAGCUGGUGCAGACUGUCGAACUGACCAAGGUGUUUGAGAUCAGAAACACAGAGGACCUGACAGAGGAAUGGCUUAGAGAGAAACUUGGGUUCUUCCGCUAAACCCAUCACCUCCUCCAGGGGUCUGGGAUACGAGGAGAAUCCCGAUUGCACAACUCGUGACAUCUCUUGGAGACAACACACCACAGUUAACCUUUCCCUCCUCCCUGCAUCAGACCUGAUUUAAAUAGUGUUUGCAGUCCUCUGUUUUAGGCCCGCUCGGUGGCGUUUAACACACAUUACAACUCAUAAGAUGCCAGAAGGUGCACACAAUUACAAGAGUUUAAAUGGUUCUCUGUGACUGCCAACAUUUCUGGCACUUACUAAACCUCACCGAUCUGGCAGCCUAAAGCUGACCAUACUGUUUGAAGCAGGUCUGUUAUUGUCUCCAUACAAUCUCUCCAUAUUCCUCUUAUGUGUCUGUUUUGAAUUAACGAGGGCUGCCCCCAUUAGUCAACCGAAGACCCAAAUCAUGAUUAAUUGGUAGAUUGAUUGCAAAGGGGGGGGGGAAUUACUUAGUCCACAGGAAGUGCUGACACUCAGUUAUUUGUGCCAGAUACUAUUGUUUACACAGCUACUCCCUGAGCUUUUUGGCUGAUAGUUGCAUAUUAUGAACAGGAAAUCUAAAGGGUGGGAUUACUUUGAGAUAAAGGAUAAGUGUUAUUACUGUGCGAUCACUUUUUUUUCUCAGCCCUACCUCCUAAAAUACACAUUUAAAUACCUAAAUUAAUAAGACAAACAUGUAAUUGCAACUUCUACUCGACUAAGAAAGUCUUUGUUUGGGGGGGGGGGCAGCCCCUAGAAUUAAUGUUCUUAUUGCUCUUCAAGUGCAGAAAUUGACCAUUUCUACAAUUCAAAAGAAUUCAAACACUUUUUAAUAACACUUUGUUUCUUCUAGAUGUUUACACUCAGAACCUCCUAAGUUUUACCCCUUUAUGUUCAUUAGAUUUUAAUAAUCUGUGGGAGUCUUUUUUUAAAUAUUUAGUUAUUUCUGGUGUCCCUAGGGUUAGUUAAACAUAUACUUUAUAUUCAUUUGUUUUCUUUUAUUGUGAAAGACAAACUUCCUGCCAGAACCUCGGAACAAUCAUAGCUACAAUUCUGUGUUUUGUUUUACUUCGUCUCUCCGUUAGUCAAGGGCAUUUCAGUUAUAAUUUACAGUAACACUAAUACAUCUAUCUAUCUAUAUGAUAUGCGUUGCACCUUCUCCUGUGCACAAGAACAAGCUGGCAGAAGCCCUUGAGUGGUGCUUAUUUAGCUGCAGAUGUAACCCUGAUAGUCUGUCAUCAGUUUUUUUUUUUUUUAUCUCUGUUUAGAGGAGAGAAAAAAAACAGUAUGAAUUGUGGGUAAUGCGUUUGACCUGCAUGUUUAUUACAAGAAUCCAACACUCCAGGAAAACAAUAUUUUCCACUGAAACAUUCCAGAUGUGAACAGUUACACACAAAAACCUCUGUCUCUAGCGACCAUGACAGUGACGAUUACACUGCAUUACACAGGGUGGUAGUUCCCGCCCUCAUUUUAAUCUACUGGGCGACUCUGUUUAAAUGGGUUACUGUGUCUUUAGGGUGAUUGUUAGCUCCUAUCGUGCAUUAUAGCUCUUACUGUUAUUGGUGUUUAUGAAUGUCGUGCUUAAAUCCGUAUGUAAAGCCACGUGGAUUGCUUCAUGGUUGUCGCAGCCUUGAGAAUGAUGGCUGCGAUUUCUCCAAACGCCAGAUGUGCCAGAAUUGGCAGGUAAAUGACAGCAUCUGGCCGAUUUACAUUCUCCAUGCAGACGCAGGAUUUGACCAGUGUAGCUUUUUUUUGAAAGGCAGAUACUGAUAUUUAUGUAUUGAAUGUGCCAGCAGCUCAUUUUUGUGCCAAUGUCUAAUAUCCUCAGCUCAGUCUGUUGUUUUUGUUUACCUAAUUUUUCUUAGCUUUGAGCAUUUUUAAAAUACAUCGUGCUGGAGCACACAGCUCAAACACUUUACAAACGGAUGUAUUUGGCUUUUCAUGCCCCAAAGGGACAGCAUUUUUUCCUGACUUUUGGUUCCCUGCUGAAUAUUGUCAGCAUUUAAGCCAGUGCAGCACACUACCCAAAGGAUUAGUAGCAGCAUGACCAGCCCCAGAUAGUUAAAGCUGUAUAAGAAUGUACUAUGCAUGUAUUGCAGAUAAUACAGACUGGUUUUAUUGUGAUAAAACAGGAGUAACCUCAGUAGUAAGUGACCCGAGUAGCAGACUUCUUUUUUUUUUUAUAGUACUACAAAUGUCCACUUUUACCCUGAAUUAUGUUGCUGAAUUAAAGCCCAGAAAUUCACCAGAUAGUGUGUGAUAUUACAUUGCUAAGGCUACCAAACCAAGGCCAUGCUGCAAGGCCAAAACCUGUUUUUCCCUGAUGGCGUCUUUGCCCUCAUAAACAACGGAAACUCUCCCAGAGAUCUGGCUCAAAGAUGUUUUCACACAAUCAAACUGCUCCACGUGGAUCAUUCGUAAGGGCAGGGUUUUAUCCAACAGGAGCAAAGGGGACAUAAGUGUAAUCACUUGUUUUAAUGUCUACUAAUAGCAGAAAAACACAAAUCCACUAGAUUAAAUGACCUUUAUAUGACCUGAAAAACCCUUCAGAAAGUCUGUAAAUUCAGGAAUAUGCACAGCUUGAAAUUAACACUGUUUAUUCAAUGCAAUUCAGCUCAACCUUGAAAUGUGCAAUGUACUGGGUUAGAUGUGAAUAUAUUUAUCUUUCUAAAUUCUAAAGACCUCUAAAAUGUGGAGAGCUACUGUAGAAGAAGUGUAUGCUUUAAAGUAAGUAAGCCUUACAGAAGGCUUCCUGAUGCUUUCUGAACAGCUGCACAAAGUGUCUGACAUCGUUUAUUUGCACAUGAACGCUAGAAAAGGUUUGCAUCACAGUUGUCAGGUGUGAUAUCUGAAGUGUGUCCAAACUGACAUUAAUUUCUCUAAAAGAAAGCCUCUGCUGUUAGUAUUUUAAAUGGGAUGUAUAAGAAACUGUCCAUUCAUUGUGUAUCAAACUCAGUCUCCCUAAUGUAAAGUCCAGUUAACUAAGAGCCCCCUUUGGUUUUGAGCCAUGUAUCUGGUUAUGUCCUGUGGAUCUCUAACAGCUUUUUAUCUUUAUGUGGUGAACGCAUAUAGUUUUUGGCCUCUCGUGGUUUUUUUUGUUUUUUUUACUUUAACCUGCAAUUGUGUUGUCAGCGCUCGGUGUCCUCUGAUUAAAUGCCUAUUCUAUUUUCUUUCCUUUUUACUAAAACAACCACCUGAAACAUCUGUCAUAACCAGCUGCCUCGUGGCAUCAGUGAAACUUGAGAUAUUUGUAUUUUCCCAUACUUUAUAAAAGUGUCUUGUCCUGUUGUCCAAAUAAAAUGACAGUGAUGUUUA